CUGACCCUUCAGUGUCAGAAGUGUGGCGGGAUAUUCAGAUUAUCGGAUUUUUCCGUUUUUCGGUUAGGUUUGUUUGAAUUACAGCAGGCCUACUGACAGCGAUUAGUCAACAAGCUAAACCUACAAUAAGCAAGAUUUUUAUGAAUCAGUAACCCGUUGAAUGUCUUAAAUAUUUAAACUAGCCUUAAAGUGGACAGGAAGCUAAACGCGCCACCUGGCAUUUUCUCUGCGAAAUCCUCUCUCAUUCAGUUACAGCGAGCUGGGCUAACUUGGCUAACUAUUAGCUAUACGUUCUUCUGAUUUCAUAUUCUUGCUUUUUUGGGUUAGCUUUUUUGCAGGGUUGGGUUAUUUUACUUUGUUGAGUGUUAGCUAGCUAGUUACAUCUCGUAAGAAAACGUUUAACGUUUGCUAAGUAGCGAGGCAACAUGUGCUAGAAAAUUUGGAUAACCCGAAUUUUACCUUGUAUAGUGUUAGCUAGGUAGGCAGUGUAUUAGCUAGUUAUCCAUUUACAUAACGCUAACGAUGGAAAAUUAUCACCAGCGUUGUGAAUCCUCCGGAAGGGAAAAUAAAUUUAACCGAAAGAAAUGUUUUCCUGGGGGAGUUGCAGCGCCUUUUCAAGGGAGUCAUGGAAACGACGACGGGGAAAGGAAGCCUAAAUUUCAGUUAAAUAUUAGAACGCUUACGGAUGACGUGCUGGACAGGUUCGCCAGCAUCCGCAUCCCCGGCAGCCGGAAGGAACGCCCGCACCUGGCGCACGUCAAGCACUCCGCCUCCAGCGACUGGCACGCCUCCUCCGAGUUCGAGGACCUCUCCACCAAAAUCACCUCCGAGAAGGAGAUCCUGGCCCUGUUUGAGAAGAUGAUGGAGGAUAUGAACCUAAACGAAGAUAAAAAAGCUCCUUUGCGUGAAAAGGACCUGAACAUGAAAAAGGAGAUGGUCAUCCAGUACAUCAUCACAGCCUCCAAAACGGGUGGUCUGAAGAGCAGUCAUCAGGUGCACCCACAGGAGUUCCUGAGCGAGCUCAAAUCCGGCAUUGUGGAUGAGAGACUGGUGGCCUACCUGGACUCCCUGCGAGUUUCGCUCACCAGCAACCCUGUCAGCUGGGUGCAGAGCUUUGGACAUGAAGGCCUGGGUUUGCUGCUGGACACUCUGGAGAGGCUGCUCCAUAAGAAACACCCAGAACCUAUCGACAAGAAGAGCCAACACAAAGUGAUCCAGUGUCUGAAAGCCUUCAUGAACAACAAGUUUGGCCUAGAGCGGAUCCUGAGUGAGGAGAAGAGCCUGACGCUGCUGGCCCGGGCCAUCGACCCCAGCCAGCCCGCCAUGAUGACCGACGUGGUCAAGCUGCUGUCCGCCAUUUGCAUCGUGGGCGAGGAGAACACUCUGGAGAAGGUCCUUGAAGCCAUCACCGUGGCGGGAGAGCGGAGGGGCGUCGAGAGGUUCGGGCCCAUCGUCCAAGGCCUGCGCGAUCGCUCCGUGCAGUUACAGGUGGCCUGCAUGCAGCUCAUUAACGCGCUGGUGACGUCUCCCGAUGACCUGGACUUCCGGCUGCACAUCAGAAACGAGUUCAUGCGCUGCGGGCUGAAGGAGCUGCUGCCGCGGCUGGGCGUCCUGCGCAGCGAGGCUCUGGACAUCCAGCUGCGCGUGCACGAGGAGCACCGUGAGGAGGACAUGAUGGAGUUCUCCCACCGGCUGGAGGACAUCAAAGCAGAGCUGGAUGAUGCGGGAGACGUGUUCAGCAUGUUGAUGAGCGUGGUGAAGAACACGGCGGCAGAGGGCCACUUCCUGUCCAUCCUGCAGCACCUCCUGCUCAUCAGGAACGAUUACCACAUCCGGCCCCAGUACUUCAGGAUCAUAGAGGAGUGUGUGUCCCAGAUCGUCCUGCACCGCAGCGGCACCGACCCGGACUUCUCCUACAGGAAGCGGCUGGACGUGGACUUCAGCCACCUCCUGGAUGUGUGUGUGGAUAAAGCUCGGGCAGACGAGUACGAGCAGAGGGCAUCGGACCUGGCGCAGAAGUUUGAGGAAGAGUUCCUGGUCCGACAGGAAGCCCAGGCGCAGUUGCUGAAGAAGGACGAGAAGAUCAGCGAGCUGGAGGCGGAGUUGCAGGCUUUUAGGUCCCAGUUUGGAGCAGUGCCAGUGGGGACCAGCCCCGCCCACCCUGUCCAGGCCUUCCCAUCAUCCUGUGCCCCCGUGCCCCCGGUGCCUCCGCCUCCCCCAGGCUGCCCCCCGCCCCCUCCGCCCCCGCCCCCUCCUCCUCUCCCCGGCUUCGGGCCCAUCCCCUCCGGAGUGCCUCCCCCUGGGCUGCCGCCCCCGCCCCCGCCGGGCUUCAUGGGCGGAGCCUGCUCCCCGCCCCACCACCCCCUGCCUUUCGGCCUGAGGCCCAAGAAGGAGUUCAAGCCUGAGACGGCCAUGAAGCGCCUCAACUGGUCCAAGAUCCGUCCCCAGGAGAUGUCUGAGAGCUGUUUCUGGAUAAUGGCAAAUGAAGACAAAUAUGAGAACGCUGACCUGCUCGCCAAGCUCGCUCACACCUUCGGUUCACAGAAACUAGCCAGGAGGGAGGAAGACGACCUGGAGGAGAAGAAAUCCAUCAAGAAGAGGAUCAAAGAACUGAAGGUCCUGGACCCCAAGAUCGCUCAGAACCUGUCCAUCUUCCUGGGCUCCUUCCGCAUGCCGUACCAGGAGAUCCGCAGGAUCGUGCUGGAGGUGGACGAGGAGCAGCUGAGCGAGCCCAUGAUACAGAACCUGGUGAAGCACCUUCCGGAGCAGGAGCAGCUGAAUGCCUUGGUGAAGUACAAGCACGAGUACGCUAACCUGUCUGAGCCGGAGCAGUUUGGGGUGGUGAUGAGCAGCGUGAAGAGGCUGCGUCCGCGGCUGAGCUCCAUCCUGUUCCGGCUGCAGUUCGAGGAGCAGGUGAACAACGUGCGGCCGGACGUGCUGGCGGUGAGCGCGGCCUGCGAGGAGGUGCGGCGCAGCCGGGGCUUCCGCACGCUGCUGGAGCUGGUGCUGCUCAUCGGCAACUACAUGAACGCCGGCUCCCGCAACGCCCAGUCCUACGGCUUCGACCUCAGCUCCCUCUGCAAGCUGAAGGACACUAAAUCUGCGGACCAGAAGCAGACGCUGCUGCACUUCCUGGCCGAGGCCUGUGAGGAGAGCUUCCCCGAGGUGCUCAGGUUUGUGGAGGACCUUCAGCACGUGGAGCGAGCCAGCAGAGUAUCUGCGGAGAACCUGGAGAGGAACCUGAAGCAGAUGGAGCGGCAGAUCGCUCAGCUGGAGAGGGACCUGGAGACCUUCUCCUCCGAGGAACCGCAGGACAUGUUCGUCUCCAAGAUGUCCAGCUUCUCCCUGGUGGCCCGCGAGCAGCACCAGAAGCUGCUGAUCCUGCAUGACAACAUGGGCUCCCUGUACCAGGACAUGCUGCAGUACUUCGCCAUCGACCCCAAGAAGACGUCCGUGGAGGAGUUCUUCACCGACGUCAGCAACUUCCGCUCCAUGUUCACGCAAGCGGUGCGGGAGAACGUGCGGAGGCGCGAGGCGGAGGAGAAGCAGAGGCGGGUGCGGGCGGCCCAGGAGAAGGCCCAGCGCGAGAAGCAGGAGAGGCAGCAGAAGAAGAAACGCCUCCUGGAGGUCAACACGGAAAACGAUGAGACGGGGGUGAUGGAUAGUUUGCUGGAGGCGCUGCAGUCUGGGGCGGCGUUCAGAGACCGUCGGAAACGCGCUCCCAGGACCAGAGACGUCUGGCCAAACCUCAGUCCCUCCUCCUCCUCCUCCUCCUCCUCCUCCUCGCAGCAGCCACAGCGGCCCGUACUGAAGCCCUGUAACCAUGAAAACCAGAAGACACCUCUGCAAAGGUCACGGUCCCGGCAGAAUAUCAAUUUCAACUCGACAAGAGCGCCCAUCGCCAAGGAUCUUAAUUACGAGCCUGAUCCCCAUUCAUCUGCUGCCCGCGGUAAAGCUCCCGCAAGGCGACAGAACCACAGCGGGGCCGGCAGAGAGGCCGAGAGGGAGGCCGAGAGGGAGGGACAGAGCGCUGCAGAGACGCAGUGUGAGAGGGAAGGGGAGGCGCAGCCAGCCGUCUGCCCUGCCAAUGGAGAGAGUGAUGUGGAAACCCUGCUGGCCAGGUUGAGAGCCCUGUAGCUGCACUGUCCUCUGCCUGUCUGUGCUCUUUCCUGUAGCUGCACUCUCUUCUACCUGUCUGUCCUCCUUCCUGUAGCCUGCAUUGUCCUCCGUCUGUCUGUUCUCUUUCCUGUAGGCCACACUGUCCUCUGCCUGUCUGUCCUCUUUCCUGUAGCCUGCACUGUACUUUGUCUGUCUGUCAUCUUUCUCCCCCCAUUUCCUGUAGUCUACUCUUUAUACCCUGGUCUGUUUCCUGUAGUCUACUCCUUAUAUUCUGGUCUGUUUCCUGUAGUCUACUCUUUAUACCCUGGUCUGUUUCCUGUAGUCUACUCUUUCUACCCUGGUCUGUUUCCUGUAGUCUACUCUUUCUACCCUGGUCUGUUUCCUGUAGUCUACUCUUUAUACCCUGGUCUGUUUCCUGUAGUCUACUCUUUCUACCCUGGUCUGUUUCCUGCAGUCUACUCUUUAUACCCUGGUCUGUUUCCUGUAGUCUACUCUUUAUACCCUGGUCUGUUUCCUGUAGUCUACUCUUUAUACCCUGGUCUGUUUCCUGUAGUCUACUCUUUCUACCCUGGUCUGUUUCCUGUAGUCUACUCUUUAUACCCUGGUCUGUUUCCAGUUGUCUGUCCUUCCUGCUGUUUUGUGCUCAACCUUGUGCAGUGCUCUGUACUCUUUCCUGCGGUUGGCGCUCUCUCUUUAUUGUAUCAGCGAGGCCCAGGUCACACACUCUCCAGGAUAACCUUCCUGAAGUCUACAGACUCAUCACAACAGAGUGCAAAGUCACCAUUUCUAAUGAACAGAAGUCUAACAAUUAACCUUUCCUUCCUGAUUCUUUGACCUUUCUCACCGAGACAGGCGUUUUGUUCUGGAACAUCUGAGCGAUACUGUGCAAGAUUUUUUCUUUUCUUUUCAGCAAAUUCUGCCACUUUUCCCUUCAUAGGGUGUAACAAUUAUACUGCCUUGAUCCUAAAUGGACACGUUAGAGUUUGUUUGAAAUUGUAAUAAAACACAGGUUAACAGUCUUAAAUCAGCUGCACUCAGUUUAUUUUAGGGUCCCUGGCUUCCCCAUGACUUUUCAUGCGAGUGAUCAUGGAACACGUAAUAUUUAGUGAUUCUCCUACUGCAUUUAUGCAUCGUAAAAGGAGAUAAACAGCCUAGCCCGACUGCCAAAGAGCUUGACAAAAAUUCAUCCUGAUUAUGAGCAAUAUAUUACUGAUCCUUGCUAUUUAUUAUGCACCUUCUAAAUUUUUGCUUGUCUUUGGAUUUUUACUUACACAUUUUGUGUCUAAAUAUCUAAAUUAACAUAUAUACUUAUAUUCACAUUAACAAAUGGGAAUGCUGUCUUCAGUGUCUAUUUUGUGUCUUGGUAAAGCCAAAAAUGGUACCUGGGUGAUUUACCAGCAUGAUUCAAUGACACAUCAAAACAACCCAGCAUAGGACCUGAACACUGCAAUCUGUGUGUCAUGGAAGCCUUGUAGUCAAACAUGUAUAUACACUUUUAUUGUAUAAAUAAAACUAAAUAUUCUUCUAUAUCUAAACACACUUAUAUAUACCCAUGCUAAAUAUGCACGUACACUUGGCUAUGCAACAUUUUUGUUUUUUCUGUGUAAAUGUAAGUCUUCUAGAUCAUUCGAGAUCUUGUGUUUUCUGUAUUAAUGUUUUUUUUUUUUUGUUUUUUUUAGCUCAUACAAGAACUUUCCUUCUUCCUUUUAUACAGUACUUUAUAUAACAUUUACUUUCAUUCCCUUGUCUUACGGCUCCCACUUAAUGAUGGACUUAUGGGUAUUCCUGCCAACGGGAAGUUAUGUCUUAAACAGAAACCCCUGAAUACAAGUCAUGGUCUGCAUCCGGUUUAAACAAGAGAUCCUUAGUGGUGUCUCAGGAUGGUCUGCUUGCUAUAAAACUGGCUGAUUCCGAGUCACUUUUUCUUUCAUUAUCUCAGUGUGAUUGGACAUGUUAUUACAUUAACAAGAUUCGUCUGGUAAAUUGUAAGCACUUCCCUGUUGGGUUAGGAUAAAUGUUUCUCUUUCUUUUUUUUCUUUCUUUUUUUUAAUAUGUUGUUUUGUUGAAUUUGAUUGAGACACCAAGGGGAUUUUCAGUUAAUUGUCAUAAUCUUCUCUUGAGCACCGCAAAUGCGAUUAUCUAUUCAGAAAGUGCAAUAAUUAGACUUAAAAUUGAGCAAGACAACGGAAUCUAUUUCUGAGUGAUUUUUUUCCCCCCCUGCUUUGACUUGGCCAAUUCAAUAGUGUUCUCCUGUUUCCUGCAGAACACCAUGAGUAUUUAAUUAGGGGAUAGUGUUGUGAAUGAAAGAGCUUCUUUUGUAGUGUCAUUUAUGCAAUAAAAAAGCAAACCUC